AUGUUGGGUGAUGUUGUUGGAGCUCGAGAAGUUUAUGAACGCUGGAUGAGGCUGAAUCCAGGGCAAACACAGGGGUGGUUAUCCUAUAUUAAGUUUGAGUUGAGGCAUCAUCAAGUAGAUCGAGCUCGCCUGAUUUUUCAGAGGUUUGUAGAAUGUUGUCAUCCACAUAAUGCAUUAGUUGCUUGGUUUAAUUUUGCUAAGUUUGAAAUGAAGCAUGGCAACUUUGCUCGCGUGAGAACCUGUUUUGAGAAGGCAGUGGAGCAGAGGAUAUUGGCAGCAUCAGCAGCUGAUCAUCCGGAGACAGCAGAGGAGUUGUUUGUGGCAGGAGGGGGAAGAGCCGAGAAAUUAUGCAACAAAUUUGGGGAUUUUGAGAAGCGUUAUGGAGGCGACCGGGAAGGGAUGGAGGUUGCUACAGCUUGGAAGAAAAGAUUUGAGUACGAGGAUGAAGUUGGGAAGAAUCCGCUAAAUUAUGAUGCAUGGAUUCAAUAUGCAGCGCUGGAGAGAUGUUCGGGUGAAUCGGAGCGAGCAAAAUCCAUUUUUAAGCGUGCUGUUGCCCAGUUCGAACUAGACAACCCUGAGUUGUUAACCGAGGGACCCAAAAAAGGCGAGUUAGAAAGCCGUCUGAUCCUAGAGCAGCAGACAAAGGUGUUGGAAGAGUGGUUAAACAUGGAGAACUGUAUCCUUGGCAAGGAGAAUAAGACGUUGGCUGCGGAGAACGAGCCGGAAGAAGCAGAGGAAAUAAUGCAGCUUCCCGCUGACCCGAGAACUUAUGCCAAAUCUCGUCGGAAGGAAUUCGAAGAGAUAUUAAGCCGAGACGGCUCUAACAAAAGCGUGUGGCUGGAAUAUGCUAGGUGGGAGGAAGAAGAAACCCCUGAUACAUAUGACUUCAAAAUGGAGGGGGUGCGCUACAUCUGGCGACGAGCUCUUGCCACAGAUUGCAAAGAUCAUACAAUGUGGACUGGUAUUGCGUCUUUCAAGGUGGAUGAGCUCUGGUGUAGUUAUAUUCGCAUGGAAGAAGAAAUGCUUGGAAAUGUUUUCGGAGCUCGGCUCAUUUUCGAGGACUGGGUGACCCGGGAACCAGGCAAACAACUCGGGUGGUUAUCCUAUGUUAAUUUUGUGUUGAGGCAUCAUCAAGUAGAUCGGGCUCGCCUGAUCUUUCAGAGGUUUGUGGAAUGUUGUCAUCCAUAUGAUGCAUUAGGUGUUUGGUCUCGGUUCGCUAAGUUUGAAAUGAGGUAUAGAGAAAUUGAUCGCGCGAGAAACUGUUUUCAGAAAGCAUUGGAGAAAUGGAUGGCCGGCAACAAUCAGGAAGCAGGAGAGCAGUUGUUUGUGGCGUAUGCAGAGUUUGAGGAGGAGAAAUGCAAAGAGGUCGAGAAAACCAGGCAUGUUUACAAAUUUUCCCUUGACCAUAUAUUACGUAGAGGGGGAAUAGAUGAGAAAUUAUGCAGCAAUUUUUUGGCAUUUGAGAAGCGUUAUGAUGGAGGAGACAGAGUUGGUGUUGAAGUUGCAAUUUUGUGGAAGAAAAGAUUUGAGUAUGAGGAUGAAGUCCGGAAGAAUCCGUUGAAUUAUGAUGCCUGGAUCAGAUAUGCGACAAUGGAGAGAUCUUCAGGUGUCAACCGAGCGAGCAAGAUCCAUUUUCAAGCAUGCUGUUGA